AUGGCACAGUGGGUCUCCAUGGGACCACCUGAAGCUGCCCUCCGCCGCCUGGGCGGGCGCCUUAGGGCCCUUCUUAAAUCUGAAAAGGGAGAGGAUGCCGUUACUUUAUCGGUCAAAAUCAUGAAAAAAAUAGACACCCCACCCACGGAGGACGUCUUGACUUUGCCAAAAGGAGAUGGAGUCGGCUUCAAAAAAGCAGAAGAUAGCAUGGCCCUUCCAGUGGCAAAAGUAUUUCCAUGCAGCAGUAGGGUUCUUCCAACCUUCGAGUCAAUUUUGGCGUAUGCAUCAAUAUCGAAGCCUCCUCCCCCUCCUCCAGCAUGGGGCUCCCAAUGGAUUCGCCGUCUGAUGGACAGAGAUUGGAUCCGCCACAUUAUGAGGCAGAAAGCGUCUCGAAAACUCGGACAUGUUGAUACCGUUAAGCCUUUAAAUGGUGCAAGAGUUACCGCAAUUGUUGGCAUCCAUGGAUGGGCGGUUACGCAAAAGAUUCUGCAGAAUCUUAUUGGAAUGCCGUGUUCUUCCGAGCUCUAUACUACGCAAAUGGCUGCAGCUCUGCGAAGAGGCCAUAUCACCAAUAACAUGACAAAAACAUCAAGUCACACAGGUGUGGAUGAGCAUAUCGUCAUCGAAGUAUGA